AUGGGUGAGGGAGCUUAUCAUGGGGCCCAGGUGUGCUCUGACACCAACCCCAGCAAGUGCCAGGACUUAGGAGACUCGAUUCUUCUUCUUCUGGGCAGCUUCAUCUUGCUCAACGUGUGGAUCAAUGUGGUGACUCUGCUCUGGAAGCAUCUGAAGAGAUCCUUGAGGAUUAUUUUCCAUCAUUUUUUUCCCAAAGACAAGCAGCCCAGCGGCAGCCAUCCCACAAGUAUUCGCUCCUCCAUGGAUCCCAAGAACCCGUGCUCAGAAGUCUCUUCCCGCGUCCGUCCUCGCCCAGGUUUCCUGCUCAGGCAGGUUAACCACCUUGACUCCUGGAUACCAGACGCGAACGAUGAGAAGGUUUCUACGUGCUGCUGGAUGCCGCCUAAAUGUGGACGUGCCAGGCUUCCCGGGGAGCCUCCACGGGGGCUGUACCAGGAGGGGAUGAUGGGAGUGGAGGAGGCCCCUCAGGUCACAGCCUUAAAGGCUCAAGCCUCCUUGCUCUCCAGGCCAGAGACAUCUUCCCAGUUCCCAAAGAUGAGCAAGUUGGACACGGGUCCAUGCCACCUGCCCCAAGAGAGCAAGACUAAGACCCCAGACUGUGCCCCAGCUGAGGCCCCAGUUCAGGCCCAGGUCCACUCCCCAACCCACACUGCUGUGUGCACCCCAACCCACCCCUGGACCCACUCCACGGACCACACCGCUGUGCACAUCCCUGCCCAGUCCUGGACCCACUCCAAGGCCCACACCCCUGAGGGCACACACUCCCCGGCCCAGGACACCUCAGCCCAGGCCCAAACCCACUCUCCACCCCACACCCCUGAGCAUACUCACUCCCAGGCCCACAGCCCUGAACACACCUCAGCCCUAACCCCAGCCCACUCCCCAGCCCAGGCUCCUAUGCCUGUCCCAGCCCACCCCCAGGCCCAUGCCCCUGAGUACACCUCAGCCCAUGCCCCAGCGUAUAUCCCAGACCACUCUCAUCUAGUCCGCAGCUCGGUUCGUGUCCCAACCUCUGCCCCAGCUCCUCCCGGAACUCUUGCCCCAGCCACUACUCCUGUCCUAGCUCCGACACCAGCCCCUGUCCCAGCCUCUCUCCCCACCCCUGCCCCAGCACUGGUCAUGGCCCUGACUACCACUCCUGUCCCUGAUCCUGUCCCUGCCACCACCCCUGCCCCUAUCAAAACUCUUAUACCCUCUACCCCACCUGCCUUCAGCCAUGACCUCUCCACUGGCCAUGUGGUCUAUGAUGCCCGCAGGGCAAAGCAGAAUUUCUUCCAUAUGUCCAGCCCCCAGAACCCUGAGUAUUCAAGAAAAGACUUGGUCACCCUCUCCAGGCCCCAAGAGGGUCAGGACCUGGUGAGUUCUGGUAUAUCUGAGCAAACAAAGCAAUGCAGUGGGGAUAGUGCCAAGCUUCCUGCAGGAUCCACACUGGGCUACCUGGAGUUGGGGAAUAUGGAAUGGAAGAUCUCAGAUGAUGCCAAUGAUAAGUUCCCCCAGACCAAGACUUCCCCUUACUGCAGCUCCCAUCCUUGCAGUUCUGAGAAGAACACAGACUCCCAGGCUCCAGUCUACCCCGAAUUCCUUGUCUACUCCCGGGAUACUGCAUGUGCCAAGACUUGCUUUCAUUCUGCAACCACUGCCCAGAGCUCAGUGUGCACCCCUCCUCCACCGUGCACUCUUUCCCUGCCUCUCGUUCCUCCCAGAUCCUUUGUCCCUCCUCAACCCACCAACCAUCAGAGGCCUUCCACCUUAAUACAAGCCCCUACUGUUCUUCCAACCUCCAAGUCUCCUCAGUCCAUCCUCACUUCCCAAUUCCCCACCCCUUCCUUGUUUGCCACCAUUUCCCAUCCCCUGAUCCAACCCCAAUGCCCUGAAUGUCAUGAGAGUCUAGGCCUUACCCAAGAUUCUGGCCUUCAAAGGACUCCAUACCCUUCAAAAGACUCCAGAGUUCCCAGGAAUCUGGACCUUGCCCAAAACCCAGACCUCCACAAGAACCCAGGCAUUACCCAAGAUCCAGGCCUCCACGAGAACCCAGGUCUUGCUCCAAAUCAAGGCCUACAUGAAUUCCCAGGCCUUCCCCAAGAUUCUUAUCUCUGCCAGAAUCCAAGCCCUUCUCAAGACUUUGGUCUUCACAAGAAUUCAGGCAUUACUCAAGAUUCCCACCCCCAAAAGAACACAGGUCUGACUCAAGAAGCUGGUAUCCUUAGGAGCGCAUGUCUCACCCAACCCCCUGGCCUCCACAAGAAAACAGCAUUUACCCAAACUUCUGAUCUUCAGAGGAGCUCAGGCUUUACACAAGACUCUGGAAUCUAUAGGAAUCUUGAACCAAACCAAGAGACUGUGGUCUACAAAAAUCAAGAUCUCUCCCAAGCAACUGACCACCAAAAGAACCUAGGCUCUUCUAAAGAUUCUGGAGGUCACAAGAAUACAGGCAAUGUCCAAGAUCCAGGAGUCUGUAGUACCCCAGGCCUUACUGAAGAUUCUGGAUCACAGAAGGGUCCAUAUGUUGCCCAAGACUCUGAAGUCAAUAAGAGCUCAGGAGUUAUCCAGGAAUCUUGUCUCCACAAGAGCCCAGGCCUUGUCCAAACCUCUGGCCUCCCAAAGUGCUCAGGCCUUACCCAAGACUCAGGAGACUACAGGAAUCCAGGACUUAUCCAAGACUGUGGUGGCCACAAAGUUGAAGGCCUUCCUCAAGAUUCCAACCUCCCAAGCCUUACCCAAGCCACUAAAGUUGAAAGAAGAUUUAGCCCUUCCCAAGAUGUUGGAGUUUACAGGAGCUCAGAACAUAUACAAGACUCUAAUCUCCACAAGUGCCCAGGAACUAAUCAAGAUCCUGGCCCCCAUAAAGACCCAGCCCUUGUCCAAGACUCUGGCCUCCCCAAGAUUUCAGGCUUUACCCAGGAAUCCGGCCCCUACAAGAACUCAUGCCUCAUCCCAGAUCCCGGCCUCCACAAGAACCCAAGCCCUGCCCUAGGUUCUGAUUUUGUCCAGCUUUUGUCCCCACUUCAGAUCCCAAAGUCCACACUGUCCCUGAUGAAGUCAUCUGUGCCUGAGAAGGCUGCUCAGAAGGAGGACGCACAGCGGCACGUCCUCUGGGCUCCUGUCCAACUCAGUCAGAACUCCUGCCCUUCCAAGGCCCAAGUGGUCUCCAAUGACCUGCAGACCUUCUCAGAGGUACCUGUAUUAAUUGAGCUGCAGUCAUCCUCCUGGCGGGCAGGCAGCCAGCACGGGGCGUACCGCCCUGUGGAUACAGUUCCUUCAGGCUACCAGAACUAUCGUCAGGUGUCUAUGCCUUCCCAUAUCAACUGGAAGUCCCACUGCCCUGGACCAGGCACCCGGGCAGGGCAUGUGGUUUUUGAUGCCCGUCAGAGACAGUUGGCAGUGGGCAAGGACAAAUGUGAAGCUCUGUCUCCUAGGCGCCUUCGUCAAGAGGCACCCGGCAACUCAGGGAAACCAUCAAGGAGUGGGGAUAUCAGAAUGUGA